AAAUUUCCUAGCACUAAACAAAUUUGAUGCUGCCUAUAUAAAUCUACCCGCACCAUGUCUUAAACUUCGACACACAGCUCUUCACAUUUUCAUUUAUACGGUUUUUCUCUUCCUAGGAUCACAAUGAAUUAUGAAGGAUAUGGCAAUAGCCAUGUUUCAGUCGGACCAUGGGGAGGCCAAAGCGGGGCACGGUGGGACGAUGGAGUGUAUAACACUGUAAGGCAAGUGGUGAUCUGCCAUGGCGCAACUAUUGAUUCCAUACAAUUUGAGUAUGACAAGAGGGGGUCCUCUGUGUGGUCAGAGAAGCAUGGUGGGACUGGUUGUUUUAAAACAGCUAAGGUCAAGCUUAAUUAUCCUGAUGAAUAUCUUGUAUCCAUUAGUGGCCAUUGUAGUCGUGCGGUGGAAUAUGGUCCAGUGCUUGUUCGAUCAUUAAUGUUUGAAAGCAACAAAAAAAUGUACGGACCUUUUGGUAUCCAGUAUGGAACCUAUUUUUCAAUUCCAUUGACUGGAGGCAAGAUAGUUGGCUUCCAUGGCCGCAGUAGUUGGUACCUCGACUCCAUUGGAGUAUACUUGAUGCCUCUCCUGCAACGAAAUCCAUCGGAUAAUUUCGCUACUCCACGAAACUACAAAACAAAUGGGACAGAUGAGAAAUACAAAGACGACAAUUAUGAUCUUGAAGAUGAACUAGGCAACAAGGCUGUUAUUAGGAGAAAAGAGACCAAUACUAAUGGAUUCAUGAACACAAAACAGGCAGUGUCGUAUGGACCUUGGGGUGGUAAUGGUGGAAAUAUAUUUGAUGACGGAGUUUAUACAGGAGUCCGUGAAGUUCAUUUAACACGUUACGGAGGUGUUGUUUCGAUUCGGAUUUGUUAUGAUCUAAAUGGGAAAGAAAUAUGGGGAAGCAAAAAUGGAGGAAGUGGAGGAAUUAGAUUGGACAAGAUACUUUUUGAUUAUCCAUCUGAGAUCUUGACUCAGAUAACAGGAUAUUAUGGAUCAACAAUCUUAAGAGGGCCUGCAGUUGUGAAGUCCCUUACAUUUCACACCAACAAAAGGAAGUACGGACCAUUUGGAGAAGAGCAAGGGACUUCUUUUUCCUCUGCAUCUAACAAUGGAAUCAUCGUUGGAUUUCAUGGAAGGAAGGGAUGGUUUGUUGACAGUAUUGGAGUCCAUGUCCUAGAAAGAACGUUGCCGGUCCCUAGACCAAUACCUAGACCUUUUUACGAGACCUCCGAGACCAGUGAGAUUCAACAAGUAUACGAGGUAAUCCCUGGAGCAGUGAAGGAAGCAGCUCCAUUGGUAUCAGGGCCGUGGGGUGGCGUUGGAGGCAAGCCUUGGGAUGAUGGAGUGUUCUCUGGGGUAAAGAAAAUUUUCUUGACAAAAGGAGAAGGCAUAUAUAGUAUACAAUUUAAGUAUGACAGAAAUGGCCAAUCUUUUUGGUCAGUUAGGCAUGGAGGAGGCAGUGAAGGGAGCAUUAAUAUGAUCAAAUUUGACUACCCAUAUGAAGUCCUUACAAGUGUUUGCGGUUAUUAUGCUUCUCUCACCGGAGAUGAUCAAGGCAGGGGCGUUGUCAUAAAAUCUCUCACAUUUUAUACCAACAAGGCCAAGUAUGGACCAUAUGGGGAGGAAACUGGAACAUUUUUCACUUCCACGAAGACUGAAGGAAAAAUUGUUGGGUUCCAUGGAAGGAGUGGGUGUUACUUGAAUGCAAUUGGAGUUCACCUACAGCAAUGGUCCAAUGACUUGGCCCAACAAGGACUAGGAGAAAGGGGACGCCCUGUCAGGAUGAUCAUCAACAAGUUGUUUAAUUAAAUCCACUUUCUCCUUAAUGCAUGCUAGUGAAGCACCAAAUUAAAAACCCAGAAAAAAAAAAUUCUAUGUUGGCAUUAGAAUAUUAUGAACUUGAAAGAAUGUGUUUAUUAGUAUGAGAAUGUUAUCCUCUAAUAAUAUUAAUAUUAUAAGCAAUGAUAAUACUAGCUUGCUAAAAUUUUGCCAAUCAUAA